GUCUCCACUGAGAUCAAUUGAAGCAAAUAAUUCAUUUGAAGACCUUGCAACGAAUGAGGAAGUUACGGCAAGUAAAAGAAAAGGAAUUUCAAAUCGCACCAACGUGAAAAAGAUGAGAGAAAAUGAAGAACACCAUUUGACCAAUAGCGAUGAUGAACGAACAUCGUCCUCUUUAAUUAGAAGCCAUUCUCCUGAAGACUUUGAUAAUCAACAGCCAUUGGCAUCUAAUGCUACUACAUCCCUUUUAGUCAAAAAUCACUCUCCCGAAAGUGCUUAUAGUCAACGAUCAUCAUCACCCAACGUCGACUCAUCUCCUUUAACCAAAAACUAUUCUUUUGAAGAUACUAAUGACCAACACUCAUCAAUAUCCAACACAAUUAACGACUCCUCAUCUUCCUUAAUCGGACCAUUCAAGAGUGACCUGGAAGUUUGCUUGUAUCUUGUACAACAUCCUGAUCUUAUCAAUUUAACAUUGAAUAUGAUAAAGGCAGGCGGUCAAGGUUCUAUUAUUACCCAAGCAAAGGCUGACAAGUUCAACAUACUUCCGGAAAUACAGAUUUCAGAAUAUAUAACAGACCACAAUUGGACAGCUUUUUUAAAACGCCAUAUGGAUGUUUUAGAUAUAGAAAAAACAUUCAAGAAGCGGCCCGAAAAUGUUGUCAAAUUUACAAAUUUUAUACGAUCGGCCUUCAACUUAUUUGUCAAAGAAAGUCUUUUAGAUAAAGACGUAAUCAGUGAAGUCAAAGAUCUAAAUUACAUGACAGUUGAUAUGAUCAUAUUUACGGCUGAUGGAAAAGAUUCUUUGCAGCAAUUAGACCUUAAUUCAAUAAAUAAUGAGGAUUAUAGUGGCGAAAGUUUACAAGAAAGUUUUUCAGAAGAAAGUCAGCAUGAUAAUGAUUUCGAAUGCAGUUUCACUAUGGCUUCGGAUACUUUGAGUAACGAAUCGGAUAUUUUGAGUAGCGAAUCGGAUAUGUUGAGUAACGAAUCAGAUAUUUUGAGCAGUGAAUCGGAUAUUUUAAGUAGUGAAUCAGAUAUUUUGAGUAGCAGUGACCAGUUAACAAUUAUGGAAGGAGUCGAACGACAAUCGGAAGUAAGAAUAGAAUCUACACAAACUAUAGUAGAUAGUGGAAUUAAUUUUCAACC